ACGAACUUCAACUCACACAACUAAAAAUAAACGUUGAAGUUUGGAUGGAGAGUUCAGUGGAAUAUCUAUUGGAAACACUAUAAACAGAAUAAACAUUUGGAUCGAAACACAAAGCUAAGACGUGAAGAUGACAACUAAGGGCAGCCCAAUGGGCAGUCUGGUGUUCAAAUGGGACCCCAAGAAUCUUGAGAUCCGUACCUACUCGGUGGAGAAGACUCUUGAACCACUGGUUAUGCAGGUCACCACCCUUGUGAAAACCCAACCAUCUAAUAGAAAGAAGGGCCACUCCAAGAAAGCCCACGUUCUCGUCGCAGCUGUUGCCAAGGCUACCGAGGCAUUCAUCAAGAAGGGUGAAGAGAUUGCCAAUGAGAUUCCAGAGAUUCGUAAACAGAUGCUGGAAACGGUGGCUGACGUCAGGGAGAAAGGUGAUACAAUGCACAAGGCUUCAUCAGAGUUUGCUGACGAUCCUUGCUCGUCCAUGAAGCGUGGGUCCAUGACCCGGGCUGCCCGUAACCUUCUGUCGGCCGUCACCCGGCUGCUUAUCAUGGCCGAUAUGGUGGACGUUCACCUGCUGCUCAAGUCUCUUCAAGUUGUGGAAGGAGAUCUUGCCAAGAUAAUGAGGUCCAACAACCAGCAAGAUCUGGCAUCAAGCUUCAAGACAUUCGGCAAAGACAUGGUGGAGUUCAACAAGCUCCUCGCAAGACGUCAGAAUGACCUGAAAGAUCCUCGUCAGCGUGACGAGAUGGCUGCAGCCAGAGCUGACCUGAAGAAACACAGCACCAUGCUGCUGACAGCUUCUCAAGCCUAUCUUCGCCAUCCAGACGUCCCAGCUGCAAGGGAGAAUCGUGACUUUGUCGUCAAGCAGCUUGAGGGCGCUAUGAACACCAUCUCUAAUGUAUCUCAAGCCCACUUGGAUGAUGUUCCUGAGGCUGAUCUAGGUGGUACCGGGGAGCUCAUCGCUGCGUUGGACGACCUUGAUCGUAAGAUCAAGAUGAGCCCUACAGAUUACAACGAGAUCCGAACCCGCCCGUCUCUUGAGGAGCAACUAGAGAGCAUCAUCAGUGGAGCGGCCCUGAUGGCCGAUUCCUCAUGUACUCGUGACAACAGACGAGAGAGGAUUGUUGCCGAGUGUAAUGCCGUCAGACAGGCACUUCAAGACUUACUCACUGAGUACAUGAAUUGUGCUGGCCGUAAGGACCGCAGCGACCCCCUGGAUCAAGCCAUUGACCGCAUGUGCCACAAGACCCGAGAUCUCCGCAGACAGUUGAGGAAGGCUGUUGGUGACCAUGUCUCAGAUACCUUCUUGGAGACAAACAUGCCACUUCUGGUCCUCAUCGAAGCAGCCAAGAGUGGAAAUGAGAGAGAAACGGAACACUACGCUGGUGUCUUUAGAGAGCACGCCCAGAAACUGGUCGAGGUGGCUCAUUUGGCUUGCUCUAUGUCCAGCAAUGAGGAAGGAGUGAAGAUGGUCCGCAUGGCAGUUGGACAGAUUGAAACACUUUGUCCUCAGGUGAUCAACGCUGCGCGAACCUUGGCAGCCCGCCCCAGGAGUCAAGUCGCUCUUGAGAACAUGGACGUGUUUAAGGACCAGUGGGAGAACCAAGUGAAGCUAUUGACUGAAGCUGUGGAUGAUAUCACAACUAUUGAUGACUUCUUGGCUGUGUCAGAGGGUCACAUUUUGGAGGAUGUCAACAAAGCGGUCAUGGCUCUGCAGAUGGCUGACGUGGAGACCUUGGACCGUACCGGAGGCGCUAUCCGCGGCAGAGCGGCACGCAUCUGUGGAGUUGUCGAUGCCGAGAUGCAGAACUACGAGCCAGGAGUCUACACUGACAAGGUCAAGGAAGCUGUACUGGUGCUGCAAGACCAAGUUAUGCCGCACUUUACCGAGAAGGUUGAGAAAGCUGUAUCUUCCCUGAACUCCAACAAUCCACAAGACAUGGACGAGAAUGAAUUCAUUGAUGCAUCUCGGAUGGUUUAUGACGGAGUACGAGACGUCAGGAGAGCUGUGCUCAUGAACAGGUCUCUGGAGGAUAUGGAGACGGAUACAGAGUAUGAAGAAGAAGAAUAUGACGUCAAGAGCAGAUCAAGCUACAAGACUGAAAUGACCGAAGAUGAAGAUGUGGCCGAAGGAAUCACCUCAAGGGCGAUGAUGAGAGAUCUACCGGACGUAGAGAAAGAGAAGAUUCACCAGGAGGUGGAGCUGUUCCGGAUUGAGAAGGAGAAACUAGACAUGGAGAUGGCCAAGUGGGACGACACCGGAAACGAUAUCAUCAUCCUGGCUAAACAGAUGUGCAUGAUUAUGAUGGAGAUGACAGACUUUACACGUGGUCGCGGCCCCCUGAAGACGACCAUGCAUGUCAUCAAUGCUGCGAAGAAGAUCGCCGAAGCUGGUUCCAAACUGGACAAGUUGGCCAGGUGUAUUGCUGAUUUGUGCCCAGACUCUUCCUCCAAGAAUGAUCUGAUCGCAUACCUCCAGCGUAUUGCCUUGUACUGCCAUCAGCUGAACAUCACCAGCAAGGUCAAAGCAGAAAUACAGAACAUCAGCGGAGAACUGGUGCUAUCUGGGUUGGACAGUGCCACGUCCCUGAUUCAAGCCGCUAAGAAUCUGAUGGCCGCUGUGGUGUUGACUGUCAAGGCAUCCUACGUGGCUUCAACUAAAUACUCUAGACUAGUAAAGGGUCCUGAUAAUGUCAAUAAGUUACAGGGUAUGCUUCAAGAGUUUGGUGAACUUGUGUCCCCCGUUGUGUCAUGGAAGAUGAAGCCGCCAGAGAAGAAGCCCCUUGUACGCCGAGAGGUCCCCGAGGAGACCCAAGUCAAGAUUCGCAAGGGCGCCAAGAAGUUGCAUGUCAACCCCGUACAGGAACUCAGCAUCUUCAAGGAGAAGGACUAAGGUAUCGGUCAGAUCCAGCAGUUCCCUGUAGGCCCAAUUCAAUAGAGCUGCUUAAAGGCACUGGAUACUAUUGGUAAUUGCUCAAAAUAAAUGUUAGCAUAAAAACUCACUUGGU